AUGGGAGGUUCACACUCCCAGUCGUAUGAUUUGAGCCAUGAAUCGGUAAAAUCAGUUCAGGAUAAACAGGAUAUAGUUCCUAGCAAUAAUGUCGUAGAUGGUACACUUAUUCAUAUUACUUCUUCCGAUAAUUCAAACAUUUCAUCAAAUGAACAGGAGUUGCAACGAAUACAUCCACCGGAGGAGAUGCCACUGACACCAGAGGAAAUACCAAUAGAGAACAUGCCAACAACAAAAGCACCAGCUCCUAACAUCAUCGAAACAGCUCUUGAAUAA